AUGGCAACACUUAGCAAUUAUCUGAUCUUGGUGGCUUUCUUGUUGGCUACUGCAAUUGAAACAAUCUCAGCUACCGAGGAACAAGAAUCAUUGUUUGAAUGUAGAAGGCAUAUGAAUUCACACUGUGGAAAUAAAAUUGUUGAUGUAUUGUCAAGCCAAAAAAAGAAUAAGGUCUCGAGAGAGUGUUGUUAUAAGAUUGUUCAAAUGGGUUAUUCUUGUCACAGCAGACUCACCUUAUUUGUUUCUCAAACCAAUGCAGAGCUAAGAAGUAAAAAUUCGACUCAUGUUAUGGCAAAAAAUGAUGUCAUUUUCAACAAGUGUGAUCAAGCUACCAAACCCGAAAGUUGGCAGUAUUUGUCAAACUGCGUGGUGAAAAUAGGUGCCAAGUGUGGAAAACAGAUAUUUGAGAAACAAGUUGAUUCAAAGCACAAAGUGACUAAGCAUUGCUGUCAGAAGCUUGUGAAAAUGGGUGAGUCUUGCCAUAUUAAUUUAGCCAAGGCUUUGAUUCGUACUCCUGAGAUGAGGGAUGUCGAUGCAAUUCAGUUUUUGCACAACAGCAAGAAAAUAUUUGAUCAGUGUCGUGACUUGGAGUAA